AUGGAUGAGGGCGACGAGUAUGUACCGCAGAUGUCGCAAUUGGGCGACUAUGGUGGAAUGGGUGGCAUGGGAAUGUCGCAAGGCCAACCACCGUCCGUUCCCGGCUACCCUUCGAUGAGCGGAGGUUUGACCCCGAUGAAUAAUCCAUACGAGCAACAAAUGAUGAUGAUGAGCCAGCCGUCGCAACCUGUACAAAAGCCUGCGCCAGCAUCGAAAAGUCGAUCUAAGAAGAAGCAAGAGAUGGAUCCCAUGCAAAGCAUGGCUGCUAUGUCAAAUAAUCCUAUGAUACGGCCAUCGAUGCAGCAGAUGGGAGGCAUGUACCCGCCCCAGAGUGGACAAAUGAGCAUGUACGGUGGAGCUGCUCCUCAACAAUCUCCGCACUUCCCUCCUCAAGGCGUUCCACCUGGUUAUCGACCACAAUACGCUCCUCAGCCUGGGUAUCCCGGAAUGCAGCAGCCAAUGUACACGGCGCAACAAACUCAACAACAGCGACCGAAUGCAUACGCAACACCACAGCCAACGAGUGCCAAUCAUUACGGAUAUGGAGCGCCAUCACAGAGUGGCUAUCCACCACAACAGUACCCUCCACCACAGAUGCGACCACAGUAUCCUCAAGGGCAACAAGCAUUACCUAUGCAAAAUCAGUAUUGGGAGCCUCAGCAGCAUCCGUACUACCAGCAACAGCAACAACAA